CUCUGAUCGGAUGUGUUGCUUACAGAAAUAGUGUGCUAGCCAAUCAAAACAAGGGCUUAAAAGAGCAGAUGAAGACACUGUUGGAUAAAGGUCACCAUGAUGAUGAGCUUAUUCAAGCUUUAAUGAAACAACAGAGUCACCUACAGCAAUUAUUGGAGCAGACUGCUAAUCAGCAAAAGGAAACCUCUCAGAAGUCACAGAACGAAAUCAAACAAAUGUCCAUGAAAACCCAGCAGGACAGCAAUGUGGUGGAACAACUCAAAGCCAUUGUAGCUGAAAAAGAGGCCAAGGUUCACAGGCUGGAAGAUGAGAUACAGCAACUAAAGCUCAAUCAUCUACAGAGAGCUCAGAUGGAGUCGGCAAAUAUGCUUUUCCAGCCAGCGGGACAGAGACCGCCCUCCUCAGCUCAGGUGACCCAGAGGGAUUCCAGACCCGGGACAGCUGAAAAUGGGGACAUCCAGCUGGACUUCCAGUUAGAUUCACACACUCCAGCAAGUUCCAGAAUGAGUGAUAAACCUCCAAUAAUAAACAGUGCACUGGACCGGUGUCCCUCUGUCGCCAGUACAGUAGACACAGCACGUGCACCGUCCAGAAAGACAGACAACCAAACAGCAGAGGUGACCAGGAGUGCCCCGAGGAAAGGAGCCGUACGGACACCCUCAUUUCACAUGAGUAAUACUGACAAACAAGCCAUGGCUGAACUCCAGGCCCAGUGUCAGGAAUACAAGACUGUGUAUCAGGUGGCUCAGGUGGAAAGAGACAAACUGUCUGAACUAGUCCAAGUUUUAGAAAAGAGGAAUGAGGAGGCUUCCCAAAAAUAUUUAGAGUGUCAAAAUGAACUUGUCCAACAAAGACGCAAGAAUGCUCUGCUUGAAAAACAGGUCGGCAAAAGUAAAAUAGACCCAACCGGAGCAAAGGGGGGUAGUGCUGCAGUUGGGAAGAAGAAGGUGCUUGGAAACAGGGCCAGCAGUAUGACAAACGUGUCAGUGUCGGCCAGUUUUUCUGCAGGUCUGACAAACGAAGAGAAUGAAUUUGAAGAUUAUGAGGAAAUAAAAACAAAUCUGGAGAUUCAAAGAGAUGAAAAUGAGGCUCUGAAAGCAGCCUUACAAAGCACACUUAAGGCAAAGGAAGAGGACCUCCGAAUGUUUGGAGAAAUGAUGGAAGAAACUAAACAAGUGUUUCUACAGGCACUCAGACAGUACAAACAAAAUGCACAAGGAACAUAAUAUA